AUGGUCACUCCACCCAAGAGUUUGUUCAACUCCUCAUCGUUCCGCACUGCCAGCUGCAGGUCCUGUCCUGUCCUGUCCUGUCACGUCACGCUGUUGGUUUCUGUUGUUUUUCUGUUUGUGUUUGUUCCCAGGAACUCAGAACAUGUUGUGUUAGCAGAUCUGAUGCAGCAGUUUCACUUCUUUAACAUCCUGAUACUGAGAGAGUUUAAGAGACUGUUCUGGAUUAAAGAUGAUUCAGUCAAUCCAGUCAGCACUGAGAGAGUGUACAGAAUCACAUCUGACAAAUCUCACAGUGGUAAAUACAGCUGUAGAGGAGAGAAAAUCAGAGACUCACAGAGAUCAGACAUCAGUGAUGCUGUUACACUGACAGUAUCAGAUUUGCCCACAGCUAAACUCACUGUACAUCCAGAAACAUCUGUUUUCACUGGAGAGACAGUGAUCAUGAAGUGUGACAUUGAGUCUGAUUACAAGGAGCUACUGAGUCUGAUCAACAUCAGUUCUGCUGUCGAGGAAAGAGAUGGAAGACCAGCAACAUCACAGAACACAAGUGUUAUUCUUUCUGUUAAAGACUCAAAGCUCAAUCCUGAACUCACAUCAGAUACUGCAGGAGCUGCACUGACAGGAAACACGGUGACUCUGAUCUGUCACAUGACUCAGACCGCUGGAUGGGACUUUUACUGGUACAAACACACACAGAACUCUGAGAAAAACAAGACAGAAACAAACUCCUACAGAGUCCAUAUUGAUUCAGUGUCUGAUGGAGGUCAGUACUGGUGUAGAGCUGGAAGAGGAGAACCAGUUUACUACACAAACUACAGUGAUGCAUUGUGGGUCAAUGUCACAGCUCAACGUCCCUCAGUGUCUCUGAUCAUCAGUCCCAGCAGAAGUCAACACUUCUCAUCUCACUCUCUCUCUCUGAACUGUGAGGAUCACAAUAACUCCACUGGAUGGACAGUGAGAAGAAACACAGACAGUGAGAGAAUGAAAGAUUGUUCAUCUACAGGAUCUACAUGUGAAAUCAGCUCCUAAACAUCUGACACUGGAGUGUACUGGUGUGAGUCUCAAUCUGGAGAACACAGUCCUCAUAUUAACAUCACAGUACAUGAUGGUGAUGUGAUUCUGGAGAGUUCUGUUCAUCCUGUGAUUGAGGGAGAUACUCUGACUCUACACUGUUUACAUCGAUCUACAAACUCCUCAAUCCUCACAGCUGAUUUCUAUAAAGAUGGAUCACUCCUCCAGAAACAGACGACAGGAGAGAUGAGCAUCCGUACUGUCUCAAAGUCACAUGAGGGUUUCUACUCCUGUAAACACGGAGAGAGAGGACAGUCACCCGAGAGCUGGAUCUCAGUCAGAGUCUCAGACGGUUCAUCUUCUCAUCCGGUGAUUUGGGUGGUUGCGUGUCUGAGUGUUGCCGUGUUACUCCUCAUCUCACUGAUCCUGCUGUGGAGAUACAAACACAACAAAGAUCAGCAGUGUAUCAACCAACAGACAUCAGUUCAGAAUCAGAGGACACGACCUGGAGAAUCCCCGACAGAAAACUGUCCUCUACAGUCUGGUUGUGAUCACAUUUAUGAUGAAGUGGAAACAAACGAUAAGAAGAGCACAGGGGCAUCAGCAGAUGAGGUCACAUAUUCAGAGGUCACUAUUAAAAACAAGAUAUCUGUGGAUAAAGAUGCUGGAAAAAGAGAUGUUUUAAUUGAGAUGAAAACUGAGGACAAUCAAAGAGGGAAAAGCAGUGAGUGUGAAGACACUGUUUACUCUGAUCUGAAGCAGAACACAGACAGAGGUGGCAGUGCUGGAGUCGAUGCAACUUAUGCUCAAGUUUUUAAUCACCGAAAGAAAAAAACCUGCAAGAAUUGA